AUGGUAGCUCUGUGGAGUCAGCUGUAUGCCUUAGCUGCUGAUAUCACUCAACCUUGGCUCAUUUUGGGUGAUUUUAAUGCAAUAAUGGCUAUAGAAGACAAGAUUGGUUCCCUUGCGGGGUUCUCUGAAAUACAGGAUAUGAGGAAUUGUAUGACAAGAUGCAACUUGAAUGUGAUAAAAACUCUGGGUAGGCAGUUCACUUGGUCCAACAAGAAAGAAGGGGUGCAUAGAGUUUUCACUAGGAUUGACAAAGUCCUAGCUAAUACCCAAUGGGAUGAUCUGUUUCCCACAACUGAAGCUGGUUUCCUCCUUGAGAGGGAUUAUGAUCACUUCCCUAUGAUUCUUAGUUUCUACGAGAUAUUAUUGGCCCAAACCUUGCUGCAUAAUGAUCCUACUAGCAUCAACCUGGCUAUUGAAGAGAAGGAUGCUAAUGACAAUUCUUUAAGUCAGCAUGGCCUAUUAUCCAUACUGAGUCAAGCCAUCAAAGAUGUUUUUGCAAUAGGGAAACUUCUUAAGGAAAUAAAUGUAACAUCUAUUUCUCUUGUACGCAAACUUCCUGUUCCUGCUUCAGUGAAUCCUGUUAAAUCAUCCAUCUAUAGUUAUGGGUUAGACCAGCAAAAUAAAGAUGAGAUUGCUAAUAGGUCUGGCCUUAAUUUUGAUCAGCUCCCAUUUAAAUACUUGGGAGUUUCUAUAAGUGCUAGGAAAAUCAAGGUUGGUGAUUGUAAUCUUCUAGUGGAGAAGAUAAUGGCUAAAAUCAAAGAACUCGGAACAGCUACUGGAGUUCCUGAGUUGGAAGCAGUAUAA